AUGGCGGCUUUACCAGCAAUGCGGCCGCUAGGCUGUCUGAGGUCCCUGAUGAGGCCAUCAGAGCCUAUCACACCCUUUGUCAACCGCCGGUUUAUCUCGACGGCCUACAGCAAGAGGCCCCAACGCAUCCCUCUUCCCCAGAACAUCCCGGAGCAAUUCCUCUCUCAGAUUCCUCUUCACUACCGCCCGGACCCUACUAAGGAGCCCCUCAAGAUCUACCCUGCUCCGCCAUCUGCCCGCAAAGCAUGCCCGGACCCUGUCGCAGCAGUCACAGAAUCGCAAUUGGCCGAGCUCGACCCCAAGGGUGAGCGACAAGCUUUGUUCGACUACCGACGGAAUGCGCGCUGUGUCAAGCCCGGUGAUAUUGUCCGGGUGGUCUUCAAGAAUGGCGAUCCAUUCAACGGAGUCGUCCUGAGCAUCAAGCUGCGCGGAAUUGAGACUUCGUUCCUCCUGCGGAACGAGCUCACUCGCGUUGCUGUUGAGAUGUCCGUCAAAGUCUUCAGUCCUAAUGUCCAGAGUGUGGAGAUUGUCCAACGCUCGGAGAAGAAGCGCAGAAGGGCGAGAUUGUAUUACAUGAGGAACCGCAAGCACGACCGCCGCAGUGUCGAGAACGUUGUGGCCAGCUAUGUCCGUCAGAAGAAGGCUUUCUUGGGCGGUGGCCGCGGUGGCCAGGGUGGUCGACGACGGUGA